AAUUCAUAUAUUCUCCUUAUUAUACGUGCUUCUCUCUCUCUCUCUCUAUAUCUCUCUACAUAUCUCUCUCCCUCUCUCACUAUAUAUAACUCAAACAGAAUCUUGAUUCAAUGUAGAAUAUAUACAGCAAGAAUUAGAAACUAAGAUCGAAAGUUGCAGACUAUGACAGAACCGUACUACAAUUUCUUCACUGGGCGCUACAACUUCUACCCUUCCGAGCCUCAGACCCACAGUUUUCCCACAAUUUCUUCUCUUAUGGCGUCCCCUCCGGCGGCCACUUCAGCGCCGCCGCUAAGGGAGGCGCUCCCUCUCCUCAACAACCUAAGCCUGAGAAGAGAGGAGGAAGAAGAAGAAGAAGAAGAGGCAUCGCUGCCAGCAUGCAGCGGCGGUGCAACAGAAAUGGAGGAUGAGGGGACUGUAGCCCUACGUAUAGGGCUGCCCUUCAGCCCUAGGGGUAACUGUAGAAGUGAUGAUGUUGUUUCAGGGCUGCCGUUGAUGAUGAGUGGACUAAUCAAAGGACAGUAUUGGAUCCCUACCCCUUCCCAGAUUCUCAUUGGCCCAACUCAGUUCUCUUGCCAUCUUUGCUUCAAAACUUUCAACAGAUACAACAAUCUUCAGAUGCAUAUGUGGGGGCAUGGAUCACAAUACAGGAAAGGGCCAGAAUCACUGAGGGGAUCCCAGCCAACAGCAAUGCUAAAGCUGCCAUGCUAUUGCUGCGCACCUGGUUGCAAGCACAACAUUGAUCACCCGAGAGCCAGGCCACUGAAAGACUUCAGAACCCUCCAAACACACUACAAGAGAAAGCACGGGGCGAAGGCGUUCAUGUGCAGGAAAUGCGGGAAGCCCUUGGCCGUGAAGGGCGACUGGCGGACGCACGAGAAGAACUGCGGCAAGAUCUGGUAUUGCAUCUGCGGCUCUGAUUUCAAGCACAAGAGAUCCCUCAAGGAUCACGUUAAGGCCUUUGGCGACGGCCAUGGCUUCCUAGAAUUGGAAGAGGAGGAGGAUGAGUUUGGGUCGGACGUGGAGCAAGGCAGGCCAGGGGCCGCCUCUUCUUCUCCGGUUUCUCCUGAUUAAUGAUACUGGUUCAAAUGCGGACAUUGCUUCCCGUGGUGCUGGUGAGAUUCACAAUCAGGUAUACAUGAAUACCAGAUCAUCAAUGCACCACACACACCAAAACAAUGCACUGCACCAUACUGCACUUAAUGGUGCAUUUUCGAACACUUUGUGAUGCAUUUAUGCGUUCCUAAUGGUGAGUGACUGCACUGUCUAUGGGAACUUGACCCAUGUAUACAUAAUGUUGAGAAUUUCACAUUGUUAAAAGUUUUGUGUCUCUUCCCAUUAUGUGUGGAUUAUUAUUAGAAGCAUAAUAUAAUUGUAUUAUGUUGAUGUACAUGAUUGUUUGUUUUCCAGGUAAGUGAUGUAAAUUAUUAAGAUUUGGGUUGCAAGCUAGUAUGGUUGAUCA